GUUUAUUUUACUUUUUUCUGAUAAUCCGACCUUUUUUGCGUUCCGACCAUACCCCCAGUCCCAAAGGUGACGGAUUAGAGGGGUUCUGCUGUAUGUUAGAAUCCUGUCAAACUAUUGGAGAAGUUGCUCGAUUCUUCGGAGUCCACUGUUCUGUGAUGCCUGUGGACCCAAUUCCAAAUCACUGGAAUAGUAAGCAGAAGGCCAGACUUGGAUUACCCUUGAGUUAUCAUAUCUUCCAAUGACCACUGCUUAACAUUAUUGGUCAGAUUCAAUAGGCAGGCAGCAGCACUUACUUUAUGUUCAAGCUUUGUUGCAGCUGUGAGGAAACCUGUAUCCAUGACUACUGUAACCCCCAUAUUCACCAACGCGAGUUAAACAGAGUUGACGAACUUCAGUUUAGACGUAACUUGAAAUCAGAUUAUACAAGUUACUCUUCUUUCAUAUUCAGAUAAAAAUAUAACUGUAAAGUUUUGCUACUCUAGAGUUAAUGUUUUAAAACAAUCCUGCGUUCGAGAUUAAACAGAUUCAGGUUCAUUUUAUUAAUAAAAUACUGAGUUACAGUACAUACCUGGUGUCAUAGACAUAUAACCAGGUGCAGACAAGAAUAUAUUGGCAUUGUUGCAGAUCAUUAACAUUAGAGGCUACAGUAACAUUACAUGUGUAGUAUAUACAAAAGAUGGGGAUAAACUAACAAGUUGUAUGAUACAGAAAACAUAUGCAUUAAAAUAUUAUACAGCAGAGAAUCACAAAAUACGAGUCGUCUUUCAUAAGCAGAGUCUUGAUUGGUUGAAAGCAAACAUGUAUAGAAAAUAGCAGAAAGUGAAAUGGAAAAUAGUGCAUGCCAAACUGAAAUGUUCCUGUGGCAUAAAAACAUAGAGCCGGCAACAUCGUGUAAUUUUUCGAUGAUGUAGAAACUAAAUUGUGAUCAAUUCAUUCUAGUAUGUUUCUUAUUUUCUCUUUUGGCAAACAUUAUCGACAUAGAAAGUCAUAAUCAUCCAAUUGUUCAAGGUCAUUUCUUCUUGGAGAAAUAAUCUGCCGACUUCUUCAUUCCAUACGAUCUAUAUAAUUUAGAUAUUUCAGAUUUUCUAGCAUCUCGGCUUUGUCCUUGUCAAAUGUCACCAUUUUUCCCUGAAAUAGAUUGCUUUGCGCAGACAUCAAACCUAGAGUUAUCGUCUACUCACCAAUUUUCUAGAGUUAGAGUUAGGAUUAUUGUGUUUGACUUGAGAUUCGGAGUUGGUGAAUACCAAUUUACCAAUAACUUGAGAGUUAACCCUAAUUCUAACUCGGGUUGGUGAAUAUGGGAGUAAGAGGGAGAUUGCACAUACAUGGUUCUUUUGUGCAAAGGUCAAACAUUGCAAAUCACAGAGCAUCCCAUUUCAAUGCUGUUAGGAACAUGUCACUUGGAAUACAGAUGAUUGGAGCAAUGUCCUGUUUACUCAUGAGUCAUCAGUAAACAGGACUAAGACAAUGGAUUUUUGUGGAGAGAGACUGGUAUCAACUGAUUAACAUCAUUCAACAACAUUCUUUUUCUGGUUAUGGUGUCCUUGUAUAGGUUAGUAUUUCCUUAGGCAUACAUCUUUGUCUUCCAUGGUGAUGCUGUGACUGGUUAAAGAUAUUAGGAUGAAAUCCUUGACACACAUGUAUGACUUUGUGGGUGCAAUUGGUUCUGAAUUUGUUCUUGUGGAUGACAAUGCCUAACCACAUAGAGUUCAUACAGAGUGGUGAAUGCAGAGGCCAAUCUAUUCACCAGAUCAGAACUUUAUAAAGCACUUAUGGGAUGCUCUUGGGAGAGCCGUAGCUUCCUGCCAAAUCCCUCCAAACACUACUCAAGCACUCCAACAUGCUCUUAUACAACAAUGGGGAUUACUGCCUUUGGUUUUAUUGAUCAUCUGACAGUCUGAACAAAUUGUUGAAGUGCAGUCUGCAUUAGUGUAAGAGCAGGUCAUACACCUUAUUGAGAAACAUUUCUCAAUUACUAGUAUGAUCUGUCUUUUGUCACUUUUUUUAUUAAUUUGUUUGAAUGUCAUACUAUACAUUCAAAACAUUUUUGUAUGUUGAAGUAACAGGCAGAGUCCUGCUCUAUGUUACUUCACAAUUUGAAAUAAAUUGCUGCAGUAGUUUGAUUUGUGUAUGAUUUUCACUUUUGUGCUUGUUUUUUGGAAGGGAUGUAUUUUCAGAUACACAGCAGAAUUCACUUCUUGUAAUCACUUUGAGACUCAGUCAUACUUACAUCAAUAAUUAAAUGAUUAUUUUAAAUAGUGUAUGUAAAUAAAACAAGAGUUAGUUGAAAUUUGGUUUUAUAGCUAAACACCAACCAAAUGCCAAAAUUUUAUCGGGCUAGUUUAAGGCUAAUUACUAAAUGAAUUGCAUACCAAUGUUUGUAAAUUUGGUUUUAUUGACUCUGGCUGUAAAAGGCUAUAUUAAAUCAAUUAAAAAUGUUUAAAUGUAAAGUUUAUUAAUUAUAAUUACGAUGGUACCUUAUACUUCAAAUUAAUCUAAUUUCAAACACUAAAUUCAACAAAAAUUUGCUUUAGAGUUUGAACUAUAAACAAUGAAAAAAUGUGCUCAAAGUAUAAACACAAUUUGUUGUGUGCCCAAAUUGUCUCCCACAAAAAAAUAAUACAAUUUCACAUUAAAUUUUUUGGUACUUGGUACAUCUGAAGAAUUUGUAUAUUGGUUUUGGAGCAAAAAAGGUUUUAAAAGAAUUGAAAAUAAGUGACAAAGAUUUUCUAUGUUUUCUAAGAUAUUGUCAAAAUGUGCUGAAAAUGAUGGCACAAAAGAUUAUUGAGAAGGUACUGUACCUGUCAAGUACAAAUGUAUGAAGGCUUUGAGCAGCUUAGACCCAGAAAUUAUUAAAAUGCAAUCAAAUGUUGGAAAAUUGUAUUUCAAUAUUUUAUUGAAGGUUCUACAUGAUACAAACAGGACUGAUGAGAAGUGUGCUGUCAAAGCAAAAGAACAGUAUGAUAUACUCUGCAAUAAAGUGUCCAUAAAACCCUAUUCUACAAAGUUUGACGACUUCAUAUCUGAAAGGAGUGAUGAUGAUGGUCUGGACACAUUUUAUUGUGAAAAUAUGAAGGAUGAUAGGCAACUGGAAGAUCUAAGAUCUAUAGUCUAUUAUCAAAAAUUUUUUUCUUUUUCAUAUAGGAAUGCAAAUGUUGAGAGUGGUUUCUUGGUUAACAAAUCACUGUUGAGUGAAAAUCUUAAGGAAGAAAGUUUAGUUGCUCAAUGCUUAGUUUAUGAUGAUGGGAUCCAUUUUGCAAGUGGUAUUGAUCAAAUAAAUAUAGACCAGAAAAUGUUAACAGUCAGAGGAUCUAGACAGCGAUGUAUUGCAUCUCUGCAACAGAAAAAAAGAUGUUCAGCAGCAGCAGGCAUUGAGGGCUGUAGAAAAAAGAAAACUUACACAACAACUUAAGGAUUUAAAACAACACAAGAAAAUGUUAAGAAAAGAUCAUGAAAAGGAAGAAAAAGAGAUUAAAAUGAAAAUAAAUACACUUGAGAAGAAAAAGAUAAAGCUACAUUAAUAUAAGUUGUUGUGUUUUGUGAAUUGUAAUUAAUUUUUUUUUUUAAUUAUCUGUAUUUUGAAAAAAGAGAAUUAAUACUAAGAAGUUUCUCUGUAUUUUGAUUGUUCAUUUUAUAAAAAAAUAAAAAGAUUUUACAAUAAAUUAGAUACAUUUGUUAGCAAAG